AUUGACGUUUGUUGACGCCCGUUCCCCAACACUUCAAAUUCAACAACAUCAAACAACACCACACAAUGUCUCCUCCACUACGCGACCCAACAUCUGACUCCGAAGACGAUGACCCAGACUACGCGCCUCCUGAACACCAAGACUCGGAUAGCUCUGGAGAUGAAGAAGAAAAUGACGAUACGAAUGUGACGAAUGAAGUGAAAGAGGAAGAUCUAGGCGAGAAGAAAAAAGCGCGCGAUGCUCUAUGGGCCAGUUUCCAGGCGUCUGUCGCUACGCCACCGCCUCCGAAGGUCGAGGAGCCACCAAAGAAGCUCGUGAAGAUCGAGAAACGUUACCUUUUCGCAGGGAAGAAUAUCGUAGAAGUGGUUGAAGUCCCUGAAGACUCGGAGGAAGCGAAGAAGUGGCCGCGGUGGGAUCCAUCAGACUUGUCGUCUGCUGCUGCUGCACCAGCGCCUGAUUCCUCGUCUUCAACUAUCGCUGUGAACGCGUCGGCAUCGAGUUCAGCAGAUCCGAUACAACCUGCAGCACAGAAAUCUGCCACAAGGAAACCUCCAGGUCCUCGCAAGCCUCGCACAUCGUUGGCGGACAUACCGACUCAGAAGGCCAAGAAGAUCACUACUCUGGAUAAAUCUGCAAUGGACUGGCGCACGCAUGUCACGUCGAGUGAUGUCAAGGACGAACUUGACGCUAACCGACGCGGAGGUGGCUACUUGGAAAAGAUGGACUUUUUGAAAAGAGUUCAGGACAGGAAAGAAGAUGCGUAUGAAGCGAGCAAGUCAAAUAAAAGGAGAAGAACCUGAGGUAUGAGGAAAAGUUGUUAUUGCAGUCGAAUCGUGUGUAGGAUAAUACAUGUUUUACUGUACCAAUACAGGAACACCA